GUCAACCAAUGAGAUCAAGAACCUGCAGUACCUACCUCGGGCCAGCGAGCCUCGUGAGAUGCUGUUCGAUGACCGGACGCGUGCCCACGCUGACCACAUCGGACAGGGCUUCGAGAGGCAGACCACCGCCGCUGUAGGGGUGCUCAAGGCCGUGCGCUGUGGAGAGAGCGCGGAGCCCCCUCGCGUUACCAAAGACGUGAUCUGUUUCCAUGCUGGAGACUUCCCUAAUGUCGUCCAGAGGUUACAACUGGACCUGCACGAACCACCUCUGUCCCAGUGUGUGCAGUGGGUGGACGACGCUAAGCUGAACCAGCUGAGACGCGAGGGGAUCCGCUACGCCCGUAUCCAGCUGUACGACAACGACAUCUACUACAUCCCUCGUAGUGUGGUUCAUCAGUUCAAGACUGUCUCUGCUGUCUGCAGCCUGGCAUGGCACAUCCGCUUAAAACAAUACCACCAAGAGCCUCCGGCCGAGGAGGAGAGGAAGGUGGACGUGUCGACGCUACGAGUCAAACAGGAGCAGUUUGGGGAUGCCUUGAUGGGAGGGACCACAGCUCCUCUCACGGACCCCAAACCCCCCACAGACAGAGACACUGUCCACCCGGAGGUCAAAGUGGAACCUCAACCUGCGGAUAUAAGGCUGCCCAAGCCCUCUGUCACCUCACCCAUCGCCCCCCUACCAACUCCCAUCACCCCCCUAACUCCCUCCAAAUCGUCUUUCCAGGACACCAAACCCAAAUCACACCACCAUCAUCCCCACUACCACCACCACCACUCAGAAUUACAUCAAACCACUACCACACACUCUUCCUUGUCUUCCUCACUCAAACCCUCCCCCACCUCCACCCCCAUCCUCUCCCAAACCCAGUCCGUCAUCCUCUUGUACCCCCUCUCCCAAAUCUAGUCCCACUUCUACACACUCUCCCCCUUCAAACCCAGCCCGGCUUCCAUUCGUACCCCCAGUCCCUCUCCCUCACGCAAACUCUGCCACACCCCUGUCCUUACCCAUACACCUGUCCUUACCCACACCCCUGUCCUUACCCACACCCCUGUCCUUACCCACACACCUGUCCUUACCCACACACCUGUCCUUACCCACACCCCUGUCCUUACCCGCACACCUGUCCUUACCCACACCCCUACCCCCUUUUUGACGCCCUCCCCUGCACCCCUUCUAUCUUCUUCAAGCCUGGCCUCCAGCCACACAGAGAGCAGGACCCCUACACCCCAGUUCCGGGCCCAACCCCAGCCCAGACCGGACAAACCCCGGGACAAAGACACUUCUCUUUACACAAAGGCCCCAGUCACCCCCCCGGAAACACGGCCUCCUGGCCCCCCGCGCCGCUCCUCCCUCUCCUUUAAACACCACCUGCAUGAGCAGCAUCAGAAAGACUGUUUCUACUGAUCUUUGUACAUAGUGUUUUAACAUGUCUCUUCGGGGUUCUGUUUUCAUCCCAUCUAAAGGAAGGAGAAGACAGAUAUUAAACCAUGAUAUCAACACGGUGUGUGAUGUAUUCUAAGGAACACGUAAAGCUCUGUUGGUCUGCAUCCUAACUGGCGCCCUA